ACGCCCUUCUGGCAAUUUUAGUUUUAGGCGCAGGGGGUAUUGCGCGCUUACUGGGCGUUUAUUAUAGUAGGCCAUGAUUUUGGGUUAAAAGGAUUGCCAUAUUGCCAUAUGUACUCUUGUUUUUGGUUAACGAUAUGGAUGCAGUUACACUCAAUGAGCGAUGCCUGGAAGAUGACUACUAUUACACAUUAGGUUGCGAUGAUUCCUCCAGUGUUGACCAAAUAUUAACUGAAUACAAACACAGAGUAUUACUUUGUCAUCCUGAUAAGAAUCCAUAUGAUAAGUCCACUGCUCAGUUUCAAAAACUUCAGGAAGCUAAGGAGGUGCUCUGUGACCCAGAAAAGCGAAAUGAUUAUGACAGAUGGAAAACAAGUGGAAUAACAAUUUCAUACAAGCAAUGGAUUGUCAUAAAUAAACAAUCUGCUGCCGUUCUUCACUGGGCCAUACCAAAACAUGAACAAAAAAUGCUACAAUCAAGCAGUAGCAAGUCAGAGAUAAUAAAACUGAAACAAAGCAAGCUUUCACUUAAAAUUGGUUCUCAAUAUUGUACGUACAAUUCCAUCCUAGAAAAGUUUAGGAACUAUGAAAUAUGAAAAAGAAAAUCGUGGAACAUCUGAAUUUAUUUUACUAGCAUAUUCAAUAUUGACUGUUGCUGUUGCGUAAGAUUAACUCGAUGUAAAGCUUAAUAAAA